AUGCAGAACCCAUCUACACCAGACACAGCACCAUACAACCCAUCGACACCAGACACGGCACCAUACAACCCAUCGACACCAGACAAAACACCAUACAACCCAUCAAAACGAGACACGGCACAAUACGACCCAUCUACACCAGACACAGCACCAUACAGCCCAUCUACACCAGACGCAACACCAUACAACCCAUCUCCACCAGACACAGCACCAUACAACCCAUCUACACCAGACACGGCACCAUACAACCCACCUACACCAUACAACCAAUCGACACGAGACACGGCACCAUACAACCCAUCGACACCAGACACAGCAUUGUACAACUUAUCUACACCAGACACAACACCAUACAACCCAUCUACACCAGACACAGCACCAUACAACCCGUCGACACCAGAUACGGCACCAUACAACCCAUCGACACGAGACACAGCACCAUACAGCCCAUCUACACUAAACACAGCACCAUACAACCCAUCUCCACCAGAUACAGCACCAUAA